AUGAGUUUUGUCUCGACAAUGAUAUACACGGCCAGAGGUUCGCUCCUCAGCUCCACCUGUAAGCUACGUUAUCCUUUUUCAUGUGAUUCACUGAGAGCUGUCGGUCCUCUGUUGAGAAAUCUGAGCACAGCUGCGGAGAGAUUGAGUUUCCUAAACCUUAAUCAGACGGGUACUUCUUCAAAUCACACUGACAUCAUUAAUAGAGAUCAGUACCUUGGUGGGUUUCAGCAGAAUUCAUAUGGGCAGAGCUUAAACCCAGAUUAUCCACCUGUUUCUGGUCAGAAUACGAAUGGGUUUUAUCAAAGCAGUGAACUUUAUGACCAGAGACAACGAAACUGGCAAAGUAGUAGUGAUGCUUGUUCGUCAUAUGGUAAUGAAACUCCACAGGAGAAUGCAGGUUUUGUUCACUCACCGAACCAGAGUUGGGAUUCUCCCAAUGGUGGACAGAGACAGGUACAUCAAGAUAAUAGUGGUUAUGACUCAUUGGAUGCGCUUUGCAGAGAAGGUAAUGUGAAAGAAGCAGUUAAUAUUAUCAAAUCAUGGAGAAACCAGGGUUAUAUGGUAGAUUUACCCAGACUUUUGUGGCUGGCACAGCUAUGUGGGGAUGCACAAGCUUUACAAGAAGCCAAAGUUGUUCAUGAGUUUAUCACUUCUUCGGUUUCUCGUUCGGAUAUCAGCGCUUACAACUCGGUAAUAGAAAUGUACUCUGGCUGUGAAUCUGUGGAAGAUGCGUUAGCCGUUUUCGAGAGUAUGCCUGAGAAAAACUCGCAGACUUGGUGCGGUAUCAUAAGGUGUUUAGCAGAGAAUGGACAUGAAGAGGACGCCAUUGAUAUGUUCUCACGUUUUAAAGAAAAAGGAAACAGACCUGAUGGAGAGAUAUUCAAAGAGGUCUUCUUUGCAUGUGGUGUUCUUGGUGACAUCAACGAAGGACUACUUCACUUUCAGUCGAUGCACAGAGACUACGGGAUCUUCCCUUCUAUGGAACAUCACGUAAGCAUUGUCAAAAUGUUGGCUGAGCCUGGUUACUUAGAUGAAGCCUUGAGAUUUGUUGAGUUGAUGGAACCAAAUGCUGUUGACCUGUGGGAAACAUUGAUGAAUCUUUCAUGGGUUCAUGGAGAUUUAGAGCUCGGUGACCGGUGUCAAGACAUAGUUGAGCAGCUUGAUGCAAGUAGACUAACCAAAGAAUCAAAGGCGGGUCUCGUCCCUGUCAAAUCAUCAGACAUAGCAGCAAAAGAGAAGCUACAUAGAAUGACGAAGAGGGAUAAUUACAGGGCUGGAGAAAUAUCUCUUCCAGAAAACAGAGAAUACUACAUGGCAUUGAAGAGUUUAAAGGAGCACAUGGUGGAACUUGGUUACGUGCCUGAGUCUAGACUUGCAUUGCACGACGUGGACCAAGAGAGCAGAGAUGAAAACCUUUUUAACCACAACGAGAGAUUCGCUUUCGUCUCGGCGUUUCUCAAUACUCCUCCGCGUUCUGAAAUACGGGUAAUGAAGAAUCUACGUGUUUGUAUUGAUUGCCACAACGCAUUGAAACUAAUGUCGCAGAUUGUUGGGAGACGGUUGAUCUCGCGAGAUGUCAAGAGGUUUCACAUUAUGAAAGAUGGUGUUUGCUCUUGCAGAGACUAUUGGUGA